AUGAAACCGAAACUCAACAAAUGGAAACGAAAUGGCAUCACUGUGGCUGGUGGAAAUGGACAAGGACAUGAAUUAAAUCAAUUGAUAAACCCUCAAGGAAUCUCUAUUGACAAAGAGAAAAAUAUUUUCGUUGCUGAUUCGACAAAUCAUCGUAUUGUUGAAUGGAAAUAUAAUGCAAAAGAAGGACAAAUCAUUGCAGGUGGAAAUGGCGAAGGAAAUCGAAUGGAUCAGUUGGAUGAACCAACAGAUGUGAUUGUUGAUCAACAAGAUCAUUCGAUUAUCAUUGCUGAUUAUGGGAACAUACGAGUGAUUCAAUGGUUGAAUCAAAAUCAACAAAUUCUCAUUCACUAUAUUUACUGUUAUGGCUUGGCAAUGGAUAAAUAUGGAUUUCUUUAUGUUUCUGAUCAUUUGGAGAAUGAAGUGAGACGAUGGAAAAUGGGAGAAUAUAACAACGAAGGAGUUGUAGUGGCAGGUGGAAGUGGAAAAGGAGAUCAACUCAAUCAACUUGAUCGCCCUACUUUUAUCUUUGUUGAUGAAGAUCAAUCUGUUUAUGUAUCAGAUUGUCACAAUCAUCGUGUGAUGAAAUGGAGAAAAGAUGCAAAAGAAGGAACAAUUGUGGCUGGAGGAAAUGGUGAAGGUAGAAAUCUUAAUCAGUUGUAUUAUCCUGAAGGAGUAACUGUCGAUGAUUUGGGUAAAAUCUAUGUGGCAGAUUGUUGGAAUCAUCGGGGAAUGCGUUGGUAUGAAGGAAAAGAAGAAGGUGAAAUUGUUGUUGGUGGAAAUGGUCAAGGAAGUCAAUCAAAUCAAUUGAAUCAUCCCAUGGGUUUAUCUUUUGAUGAAGAAAGAAAUCUUUAUGUUGCUGAUCGUUACAAUCAUCGAAUCCAAAAAUUUGAAAUAAUAUUGUGA